AUGUCCAACUCCAGCGAGUCGUCCCCGCUGUCCAGCAGCCCGGUGCCAUCGAGUUUUGACACGGAACCGGAAUUCUUUGAAGAAUCACGAUCCCAGAAACUAUGGCGCAAGCUCCGACAAGAGCCGCUGAUCCCGCUCGGCUGCGCCGCAACCUGCUACGCGCUGUACAUGGCCACGAAAUCGAUGCGGGCGGGCGACCACCACCAGACGAACCGGAUGUUCCGGGCGCGAAUCUACGCGCAGGGCUUCACCCUGCUGGCUCUGGUGGCCGGCAGCAUUUUCUACAAGGAUGAGCGGAUCAAGCGGAAGGUGUUUGAGAGCGCGCUGGAGGAGAAGAAGAAUGCCGAGAAACGCGACCGCUGGCUGCGGGAGCUGGAGGCCCGUGACCGCGAGGAUCAGGAGUGGAGGGCAGGCAUUGAAAACUCGACCAAGCUCGUCGAUCAGGGGGUCAGGGACACGGUGGACAAGGCAAAGGAUACGGUGACCAAGUUGGAAAAGACUGGUAAAGAGGCCUUCCAGCCCGACGCUGUUGAUCAGUCGUCCGCAAAGGACAAGCAGAGUUGGCAGUUCUGGAAUAAGAGUGUCAAAGAAGAAGUCGUUACCCACGGCUGGGGUCCGGGUAUGUGGGCGAGAAGAACAAGCGACGCUUGGAGAAGGUUUUGA